GUUCGGCGCGAGUUCUGAACCAGUUUUAUUUGCUGCAUGGCAAAUAAGAUGAAGCAUACAUACAUACAUACAUAUGUGUGUAUGUAUAUAUUUUGUAAUCCCAAUAAAUUCUCUAACGAAUAUGGUGGAGUUUGGAGAGAACCUUUAAUAAAACCUCCCCGCCACCUUCAAGAGAUAAGAAGGAAACAACUAAAAAGAAAGCAGAAAUGCAUAAAACCAGCUGUUGGAUUUAUUCCCCUUACCAUUUCAGCGUUGAUGUAAGCUUUCAACGCAUUCCAGCACCACUUUGCGUACUCUGAACUGAAAAUGCAUCACUCUCUAGUAGGGAUUCCUCAAUCUCAAUGGCCCGAUUUGCGAGAUCGUUAUGAGGAGCAGAAAAAGUUGUCAUGCGGUUAUAACACAAUACAAUGCUUUAUUGAAUGGAAGGCGCAAAAUAGGGACGUGGAUAUAAAUAUAUUCUCACUGAACGGAGAAUGGCGAAAUGAUGGUACUUAUGUGGGAAUUAUCAAUGCAGUAUCAAUCAGUUAUGUAUUCAUCAAUACACUCAGUGAUGAUCAGCAGAGGCUUUAUACUGCGCUCAGUGCGCUGAAGCUCAAUAAACCUUAUAUGAUACUUGGCUAUCAUGAACGUUUGAUGCCCACUGUGGAACAACAUUUUGUGGAUAAGGGUUUCAAAAUAGAGAAUUUCAAACCACAUGGAGUUGCCUGGCAUCACAUCGAGAAAGCAAAAGCGGAACAAUUCGUGGUGGAAACACCGGCAGGUUUUACCCUGCGUCGCCUGGAGAAAACAAAUGCGGAGCUAGUGAAUAGCCUUUGGCCACAUCGCGAACCAGGUUCGGUGGCACUUGUGGAGCUGCUAAUUACCUACAAUGAUAGCGUUGGAGUGUUUGAUAACGCUGGAAAUUUAGUGGCUUGGUGUUUGAUCUUGCCGAUGGGUGCUUUGGGUCUCUUGCAAGUGUUGGAUACGCACAAACGUAUGGGUUUUGGCAAUCUUGCUGUUCGUCAUAUGUCAAAAUUGGUUUCCGCUAAAGGCUUAGAAGUUACGGCACCGGUAGUAUUCCAGAAUGUGGCUUCACGUUCGCUUUUUAAAAAGUUAGGGUUUAAGCCAAUAGGAAAUGCAUAUUUUGUAGUGAUACCGAUCGGCAGUUAAACUAAAGCGAUUAUGCUGUAAAAUAUUUACAAAUCGUCACUGAAAU